CAAGUGGUAGAAUUUAGAGGCACACUUCCUUUUGAGUUCGCAGCACAAAAGCAAGAUCUCCAAAAAAAAAAAAUUAAAAAAAGGAAGAAUAUGUGCCACGCUGAUAUAUAGCCGAAGCAAUCCACGAAAAUCAAUGGCGGAGGAGAAAAGAGAGGAAGAAGCGCACCCCAACAACGAACCAUCCACCACCAUGGCAUUCUCCGACGAGAUUCCCAACAACUUCACUUUCCCUUCCCAACCACUCACCAUCUUCGACGCCAUGCCGCCGCCGCCCUUCUCUUCUUCCUGCGACCACAAGGCCUCGCCCUUCGGCUUCCUCGACCUGCUCGGCGUGCACGACUACCACGCUCCGCUAUUCGAUUGGCCCCCCUCCGCUGCGCCGUCGCGGGCGAGCUCCAACGUGCCGGACUCCUCCGAGGUGCUGAACACUCCCGCGUCGCCCAACCUGUCGUCGAUUUCGUCGUCUUCGAAUGAGGCCACCGCCACCGCCACGACCGCCAGCAGGGCGGAGCAGAGUGGUAAAGGUGGGUUUGAACACGAGGAAGCCGAAGCAGAGGAGGAAGAAGAAGGUGGUAAUGGAGGCAGAGAGGACCAGGAUCAAGACAAGACUAAGAAACAGUUGAAACCGAAGAAGAAGAACCAAAAGAAGCAAAGAGAACCGAGAUUUGCGUUCAUGACAAAGAGCGAGGUUGAUCACCUAGACGAUGGUUAUAAGUGGCGCAAGUACGGCCAAAAAGCUGUGAAAAACAGCCCUUAUCCCAGGAGCUACUACCGUUGCACCACCACCGGUUGCGGCGUAAAGAAGCGAGUCGAGCGUUCCUCCGACGACCCUUCCAUCGUGGUUACCACUUACGAGGGGCAGCACACGCACCCUUGCCCUGCUUCGUCUCGGGCCAGCUUCGGGUUCGUGAACGAGCCUGGUGGGUUGGGACAUUCCGGCUCCUCACACUUCGUCCUGCCACAUCAACACCAACACCAACACCAACACCAAGCUUCGCCUUUGAUAUAUAACUCCAACCCUCCUUUUGUAAACUCCGCCAGUAACUUCAUGAACACGACGUCGUUUGGUGGGUUUGGUCAGGACCACGCGAACCGUCAAGGAUUCGGGCAUGAGGCUUUGUUGAGGGACAAUGGGUUGCUUCAGGACAUUAUUGUGCCAUCGCAGGUGAGGAAGGAGGAGAAGGAUUGAGUUAAAUGAUAGGCUAGUUACGAAUUUUGAUGAUGUUUAUACUUAUAUUGGGCUGGGGAAAUUGAUAAUACUAGAUAGUCAUUGCUUAUAUGGUCUGUAAUCACUGCACCUUGACGUUGUCUGUGAUGGUCUCUAACUCGUUUGGUGCUGCCGUUGGGGGAGUUUCUGUGCAGAAAACUACCUCACGUAGAUUUGAGUUCAUAUCAAACCUUUUAGAGUUUACAUUUUAUAUCAGUAUUUUCCUUGUAGCUUAUGGAGGACCUCAGGUUCUGAUUUUGUUAAUUUCAUUUUUUUUCUUAACUUGAUAUGCCU